UUUUUCUGGUUGUAAUCGCCGCUGAAAACAGAAUAAUGAGCGGGAUGAAGUCCGUAUUUUUGCUCAGUUUUUUGGCUGUCUUGCUUAUCCCCCGAGAAACUGUGGCGCAGGCCACUAUAAGUGAAACCUGGAGUAAGCUGGGAAAAUGUACUCAUGUGGGCAUCCAAACACUGACCACCCUGGCCAACAAAAUUGUCCCGACCGUAUAUGAGUUGUCACAAUGCUCCGGAUUCGUUUUUUUGGAGCCGCCGAACGGCAAACAGAGAAGGGUUACCUGGUACCUAAAGAUAUCCUAUGAAUUCUUCAAGAAACUGGUCUUUGACGAACCCAGAUGUCUGCACAGUCUUCUGAACAAGUUAGCUUUUACAAUCAAACCUUUUGCCGAACAGAUAUCGGUACUAGGUUGCUUGGACGAAGAAGAUUAUAUCAUUUAAAGAUACAGUGUGCACAUACAAAAAUAAACCGAGAGCAAUAUGGGAUCUCAAAUGUCAGCAAAAAA